UUGUUCAACAUAAGUGCACAAAUAAAAGUUUAUGUAAAAUGAAAACAACAUUUUGUUAACUAAAAAUAAGCUAAAUUGAGAGAAACGGUGACAUGUUAGUGUUCACGAGUCACCGGAAAAUGCUGAAGAAUUACGCACAGAUUAGCAUAAACAUUAGUUAUGUUGUUGAAAUCUCAGAAUCUAAUUUGUCCUCAUUCUAAAUUGGAGCUUCUGUGUUUUUGAACCAGAGAGAGAAAAAAGACUUUCUAUGCAAUUUUGGGGUUGCUCUGAAAUUUGUUUGAAGUAUUUUAUGUAUUAUAAAUUGUGUUUUCUGUAACUAUUUACACAUUAACAGACAUGUAUAAAUAAAUAUUUCCAAUGUUUUAGUUUCAUUUACAUGGACGAAUGUGUGGUGAGUGGGCUUUUGUAUUUUAACCUACAUUUAUAUAACUCUAGAUCCAACCUAUGCAAGCACACUUAGUAUAAACCUAUUGCUCUUAAAAUGGUCCAUUCAAGUAAAUACAAAUGGUGCAAAAGGCAUCAAUUUUAAAAGAUCUUGAAAGACAACAUAUAAAAUACAUUUAGAAAUAUGAUUAAAAGCUGUGUUUCUACAUUAUAGAUUUGAAGUAGUGUAGAAAAAAUAAUAAAUACUAAAAAAACCCCAAAUGAAUUAAAAGUUGCUUGCAUCAUCGUCUCUCUGAUUGGAUUAGAGGACCUUAGUCGUUCGUCAUCUCCCCCAGAGGUAUAAAGCACAGCCUCAUAGAGAAGCAACGUUUCAGUGAAUCGAAGAGAAAGUGAUUCUAGGUUGUGUCUUUUCCUUUCUUUUUUUAACAUGUGGAAAAACAUCUGCCUAAUUCUGAUGUUUGUAGUUAUUAAUGGAGGAUUUGCACAGGAUGAAACAGCUUUUUGUGAAAUGCUGGGGAGCCGAGAGCUUCCUCUGAUGUCUAAGGAGGGAGACGUUGUUAUAGGAGGAGCUUUUUCCCUUCACAGCCAAAUCUCAAAGCUUUUACUCUCCUGGACUGAGACACCAGAACCUCUCAUGUGCUCCAGAAUUAACUUGAGGGAAUUCCGUUUUGCUCAAACGAUGGUGUUUGCCAUUGAGGAAAUUAACAACAGCAGCUCUCUACUGCCUAACGUCUCACUUGGUUAUAAGAUAUUCGACAGCUGCGCUUCCACGUUGCCUACGACGCGUGCAGGAAUGGGCUUGAUGAACGGGGAGGGAAGGAGUAUUGAAAGAAACUGCUCCGGCCAGUCGUCCGUUCAGGCCGUAGUUGGAACCUCUGAGUCUUCUACGACCAUCGUGAUGUUACAAAUUUCAGGGAUUUUCCACAUACCAGUGAUCAGCCACUUUGCGACAUGUGCUUGCCUCAGUAACAGAAAGGAGUACCCCUCCUUUUUCAGAACCAUUCCCAGUGACUACUAUCAGAGCAGAGCGCUGGCCAAACUGGUGAAGCACUUUGGCUGGACGUGGAUCGGGGCAGUCAGAAGUGAUAACGACUACGGUAACAACGGGAUGGCGACUUUUAUUGAAGCCGCAAGUCAGGAGGGGAUUUGCGUCGAGUACUCUGAGUCCAUCUCCAGGAUUGGCUCCAGAGAGAACGUCGAGAGGGUUGUCAGAGUGAUCCGCAGAGGCACAGCGGGUGUUUUGGUUGCUUUCCUGGCUUACGAUGAGAUGGAUGUUCUGCUGGAGGAAGCUUUGAGUCAAAACCUGACUGAGUUGCAAUGGGUCGGCAGUGAAUCCUGGAUCACAUCAGCUCAUUUGGCUGAGAAAAGGUACUCUGGCAUACUAAGCGGAUCGCUGGGCUUUGCAAUAAGAAAGGCAAAAAUCACAGGCCUGCAAGAUUUUCUUUUACAGGUGAACCCAAGUCAGGAACCUGAGAGCAAUUUGCUGAGAGAGUUCUGGGAAACAACAUUUGGGUGCAGUUUCCAGUCCAGUACACCUGACACAAAAUUAUGUUCUGGUUCCGAAAGCCUUCGAGAUGUAUACAACGCUUUCACAGACGUGUCGGAGCUCAGGAUAUCCAACAACGUGUACAAGGCUGUGUAUGCCGUUGCUCACGCCUUGCAUAGCAUGUUGAAAUGUAAGCCAGGUGGCGAAAAUUGCAAAUUAAGAAGCCAGCCAGAGCCAAGACAGGUUGUGAAGUAUCUCCAGGACAUUAAUUUUACUGUUGAGUCAGGAGAGAACGUGUAUUUUGAUGAAAACGGAGACCCUGCAGCAAUUUAUGAGCUUGUGAACUGGCAGAGAAGUCCAGCAGGAGACGUUGUGUUCACAACAGUUGGAAAGUACGACGCUUCACAUCCAGAUGGAAACCAGCUGACCAUGAAUGGAGUAAACAUCACCUGGGCCACACAUUCUGUGGAGAGGCCGCUGUCUGUCUGCAGUGAGAACUGCUCGCCAGGUUUCCGGAAAGCAAUCAUUAAAGGCAAACCAAUCUGCUGCUUCUCCUGUGUCCCAUGUGCUGCUGGAGAGAUCAGCAACACCAACAAUUCUGCAGAGUGCACACAGUGUCCGUCGGAGUACUGGUCGAAUGUCGACCACAGCAAAUGUGUCCCAAAGGUGAUUGAGUUCCUGUCAUAUGGAGAGACCAUGGGGGCCCUCCUCACUGCCUUCUCGCUGUGCGGAGCCAGUUUAACGCUCGUGGUCUUGUGUGUGUUUUUCCGGUUUCGGCACACACCGCUCGUCAAAGCCAGUAAUUCAGAGCUGAGCUUCCUGCUCCUCUUCUCCCUGACUCUGUGUUUCCUCUGCUCUCUGGCCUUCAUCGGCCGGCCCACUGAGUGGUCCUGCAUGCUGCGUCACACGGCUUUUGGCGUAGCCUUUGCUCUGUGCAUCUCGUGUAUUCUUGCUAAAACGAUCACCGUGGUGAUGGCCUUCAAAGCUAAAAGACCAGCAAACACAUUUCCCCAGUGUUCAGCUCCGCUUCAGAGAACAAGCGUCAUUGGGUGUACUUUAAUCCAAGUGUUUAUUUGUGUGGUAUGGUUAGUUUUCGCUCCACCGUUUCCACACAAGAAUACAGUUUACGCCAGUGAAAAGAUWAUYCUAGAGUGUWWYYUMGGWUCASCUGUGGCRUUUUGGGYUGUGWUGGSRUAURUMGGAUUUCUGGCYCUGCUGUGCUUUAUCUUAGCUUUUUUAGGCCGGAAGUUACCUGAUAACUUCAAUGAAGCUAAAUUCAUAACCUUCAGCAUGCUGAUAUUUAGUGCCGUCUGGCUCACAUUCAUCCCAGCUUAUGUCAGCUCUCCUGGAAAGUUUACUGUAGCUGUGGAGAUAUUUGCAAUUCUAGCCUCAAGCUUUGGUUUACUUUUUUGUAUUUUUGCACCAAAAUGUUAUAUUUUACUACUGAAACCUGAGAGGAAUACUAAAAAACACUUGAUGGGACGAGACAAGCUUUAGACAAAGCAAAGUACAGUGACAAUAUAGUCCACGUUUUAGCUGUUAUUAGUUUCUGAACACUUUCAUAAUUUCUUUUGUUCUUUGUGUUUAGUUUUCAGUAAUUAUUUAUCUCAGUGAGGAAAAUACAUUCACAACCAUUAGUUUAAUCAUUACUUGUUGAUUUAUCUGGUGGUACUAUAUCUACACUGAGCAGCCUCCAUAAUGGCAAAAUAUGUGACAUUAAUUACUAAUACCAGGGAUUGUACUUUUAUAUUACAGCACUUGAUAUUAUAAAAUGUGUAGGUUGAAACAGUAAAGUACGGUAAACAGCAAUAAACAUCUAAUUGGAAAAAAGUUAAUUAAAAGUUUAUACAAAUUAUAGUGAAACCGAAUUGAUGUAGGACAAUCAGUGUGAUAAUUUCACAACAAUAAGUGCAGAUUAAUUGAAAAACUUUAUUUGAAAAUAACAGAGUUUUGUUUGGGCUCGACAGUUUUCAUGUUAUUGGGUCCUUGGAUCUGCAGUGCCUGUUCCAGGGUGUAAACUCUUUGCUUGACUUAUUAAAAAGUCAUAAAAAGAAGAACAGCAUCUCUGUGAUCCUUUUGAAGCUCUUGUCUCCAUGUAUGCACCAGUGAACGGCAUCAGAGACAUCUGUGUGUUUGAAAUGUCCUUUUCCGAUCCCAGUUUACAGCAGAAAUCUUGACCAAAGAGUUAAAAAUGUCUCAGUCCCACUACAUGUUGCUGUGACUCUUUGGCUGCGUCUGGUGGAGAAGUUUUAAAGAAGAAAAAAAGAAACACUCUGUUUUAUUGUGAUGUUUUGCAAAGCUAAAGCUGUUAGCUGUUCACACUAAUUUCUCAGUCUUAAACGUCUACUUCCUCUUUAUCACCUUUUACAAUGACAUUUCCUCUGACAUCCCCAGCUGCCUGGAAGAGAGGAGCAAGAAAACUAAUUUUAAGUCAUCCAAAGCAAAGUGUCAAAAAAGAAUAAUAAAAAAAGUAAAAUGUUAUAAUAAAACUGAGUUAACGUAUAAUUGU